AUGGCGUCCUUCCAGGUUCAUAAGCUUCUUCCACUACCGCCGGCCCCAUAUUGUAUCCGGAUCACCCUCCUACUCAUGACCAUAUGCUUGCUGCUCUCCUGCUCCUCCGAAGCGAAACUUUGCACCAAAUGCUGCGACGCUGAUGACGACUCCGCCGAGGAUCCAGUGUUCAAGUUCUCCCACGACUCCGACAAACGAUACUUGAUCGUCCUCCCCCUGCGUACGAUGCAGGAGCCAUCCUUAUUUAUCUCCCCAAGGAUACCACCAAAAGGAUCCUUGGAGCCCUCUGCUCCCACAUGGACGACUAUAACCUACAGCGUGAUUGUGCUGGCCAUGUGCAAAUAUAUUUUGUUUGCUAUAUAG